AUGAUCAGCAAGAGCAUAAACCCAGUUCUUGUUUUUCUCUUGUCGGUCUCUUAUUCCUUGUUGUUCCUAGCUCCCUUUUGCCAUGCUGCGAAUAAUACACUCACAAUAGGCCAAUCACUAAAAGAUGGUGAGUCCUUGAUAUCAGUUGAUGAGAACUUUGAACUGGGAUUCUUUAGCCCUGGAAACUCUAGUUUAAGAUAUUGUGGUAUAAGGUAUUACAAGAUUCGGGAUCAGGCUGCCAUCUGGGUGGCUAAUAGAGAAAAACCAAUCUCCGGUAGCAAUGGAGUCUUGAGGAUAGGUGAAGAUGGGAAUUUGUUGGUUACAGAUGGAAAUGGAAGUCCAGUUUGGUCAAGUAAUGCUUCAGUAGUGUCUAAUAACACAGCAGCGAUGCUUGAUACAACAGGUAAUCUAAUUCUCUCGAGCAAUGAUAGUAUUGGUGAGACAGAUAAAGCCUAUUGGCAAAGCUUCAAUAAUCCAACCGACACCUAUUUGCCACACAUGAAAGUUCUUAUAAGUUCUGCAGAGAUUCAUGCCUUCACUUCAUGGAAAUCUGCAAAUGAUCCUUCACCAGGAAACUUCACCAUGGGAGUUGAUCCUCGCGGAGCACCACAGAUAGUGAUUUGGGAGCGAUCGAGGAGAAGGUGGAGAAGUGGGCACUGGAAUGGACUAAUAUUCUCAGGUGUUCCAUAUAUGACAGCUUUAACCACUUACCGAUAUGGAUUUAAGGUCACUCGUGAAAGCGAUGGAAAUUUUUAUUUAACAUACAAUCCAUCAGAUAGUUCUGAAUUGAUGAGGUUUCAGAUAACAUGGAAUGGAUUUGAAGAGCAGAAAAGGUGGAAUGAAAGUGCAAAGACGUGGCAAGUAAUGCAAUCACAGCCUUCUGAAGAAUGUGAGAAUUACAAUUAUUGUGGCAAUUUUGGAGUCUGUACUUCAUCAGGAUCUCCAAAAUGCAGAUGUAUGGAAGGGUUUGAGCCAAGGCAUCCAGAUCAGUGGAGACUAGGAAAUUGGUCAGGCGGAUGUGGAAGAAGGUCUCCUUUACAGUGCCAGAGGAACACUAGUAGUGGUGGAGAGGAUGGGUUCAAAACAUUAAGGGGCUCGAAGUUGCCUGAUUUUGCAGAUGUGGAGUCGAUCUCCUUGGAUGCUUGCAGAGAAAUGUGUCUAAAUAACUGUUCAUGUAAGGCAUAUGCGCACGUCAGUCAGAUUCAAUGCAUGAUAUGGAAUGGGGACUUGAUUGAUGUCCAGCAUUUUGUCGAAGGUGGGAACACUCUGUAUGUACGUCUCGCAGAUUCUGAAUUAGGUCGCAACAGGAUGCCUACGUAUGUGAUAAUACUAAUAGUUUUGGCUGGACUGGCCUUCCUAGCUAUAUCUAUAUGGCUUCUGUGGAUGCUCAAAAAAAGACUCAAAGUUUUGCCAGCGGCUACCUCAGCUUGCACGUCGUCAAAAUGUGAAUUGCCAGUUUAUGAUCUGAGUAAAAGUAAAGAGUACUCAACCGAUGCUUCUGGAUCUGCUGACCUUCUUAAAGAAGGGAGCCAAGUAAAUGGUUCAGAUUUGCCAAUGUUCAAUUUCAACUGUUUAGCAGCUGCAACAGACAAUUUUUCUGAAGAAAACAAGCUUGGGCAGGGAGGAUUUGGCCUCGUCUACAAGGGAACGCUUCCUGGAGGAGAGGAAAUAGCUGUAAAGAGGCUUUCAAAGAUCUCUGGCCAAGGUUUACAGGAGUUCAAGAAUGAAAUUAUUCUGAUUGCCAAAUUGCAGCACAGGAAUCUUGUUCGAUUGUUAGGAUGCAGCAUUCAGGGUGAUGAGAAGAUGCUCAUUUAUGAAUAUAUGCCAAAUAAAAGCCUGGAUUACUUCCUUUUUGAUCCCGAGAAGCAAGCUCUAUUAGACUGGAGUAAACGUUUCGCAAUUAUUGAGGGGAUUGCCAGAGGUCUUCUUUAUCUCCAUAGGGAUUCAAGACUAAGAAUCAUUCAUCGGGACCUAAAGGCUAGUAACAUUUUGUUGGAUGAAGAAAUGAACCCAAAGAUUUCCGACUUCGGCAUGGCCAGAAUAUUUGGGGGAAACCAAAGUGAAAUAAACACAAACCGAGUUGUAGGAACAUAUGGUUAUAUGGCACCUGAAUAUGCAAUGGAAGGCCUAUUUUCAGUGAAGUCUGAUGUUUAUAGCUUUGGAGUACUACUCCUAGAGAUUGUGAGUGGCCGAAGGAAUACUAGCUUCCGUCAAACAGAACGCAUGAUCCUCAUUGCUUAUGCAUGGGAUCUUUGGAAUGAAGGUAAGACAAUGGAGAUAGUUGAUCCUUCCAUCCGAGAUUCAUGUGAUGAAAACGAAGUGCUGAGAUGCAUACAAAUCGGCAUGUUGUGUGUGCAAGAUUCUGCACUUCAUAGACCAAGCAUGGCAUCAGUUGUGGUAAUGCUGGAGAGCUGCACAACAAACAUUCCAUUGCCUAGACAACCAAAUUUCACUUCUGUCAGGGCCUCUAUAGACCCUGAAAUUUCUCUGGAAGUGCAUGAAGUAGCAUUGUCAAGCUAAUAACACUCACAAAACACACUUCGACGUAGCAUAUCAUUGCUGUAAUUUUCUGGUACAAAACUCACACAAGGAAGGGCUUACAAUGGAGGAAGACACACACAAACUGCUGCUGUUUCUUCUUCUCUGUUACUGCCCCGGUUUCUGCUCACUUUCGACUGCUACCCACUGCCCUUCUCUCAAUAAUUUCAGCUCCAUGUAACCUACCACUUGGAAAAAAUAAUACACUUAACACACAUUCAACUCUAGCUAACGUUAAGCUAACUCUAGCCAACUAGCCUUACAGCACAGUAACAUUAACAGUUGGUCCUGUCGGAAAAAAAGAGAUGAUAUUUGUAUAGGUAUUUUGUCAAUCAAUUUCUUACAUAAACAAAAACAAUUUUUUGUGGUC